GCGCUGUGACAGCUACGUCUUAAGUACAGACAGCUUCAUUGACUGAACGCAUUGCAAAGCUUUCCAGGCAGUGCCCGCUUGUGGCUCCGGGGAAUUGCGCGUUCACGAGUUUGAGGAGGUAAAACAGCUGCCCGGUCUCGCGCUGAGGAGUUUUCAUAUAUGGUCACGUAAUCAUGGCAACACCGACGUGCCAAUGCUAAAAACAGAUCUGACACGGGCGCGUCGAGGGUGACCAACCGUUUUCUCGCGUGUCCUACAUGGGGAGACGGCAUAACAACUUCAAUUUUCCCCCUCAAAACAAAGUGAUCGACCCGCUUGGCGACCGAUAGUUUGGAAUACACGUACCCUAGAAAGCGCGAGGCCAUGGAAAGUUUGGAGAGGCAGCUGAUAUGCCCCAUCUGUCUAGAGAUCUUCACUAAACCGGUGGUCAUCUUACCGUGCCAACACAACCUAUGUCGCAAAUGUGCCAACGACAUCUUUCAGGCCUCGAACCCCUACUUGCCGACGCGGGGAGGUUCUUCAUUGGGUUCUGGAGGGCGGUUUCGCUGCCCAUCCUGUAGACAUGAAGUGGUUCUGGAUAGACACGGGGUGUAUGGCCUGCAGAGAAACCUGCUGGUGGAGAACAUCAUAGAUAUGUACAAACAAGAAAGCAGCAGCAGCAGUAAGCCAGAACCACCUUUGAAGAACGAUGAGCUGAUGUGUGAGGAGCAUCCGGACGAAAAGAUUAACAUAUACUGUGUGACCUGCUCCUCUCCCACUUGUUCAUUAUGUAAAGUGUUCGGGAGUCAUCAGACAUGCGAAGUCGCUCCGCUUAAAUCCGUCUACGAGACACAAAAAACAGAAUUGUCAGAUGGUGUAAGUGUGUUGCUUGGAAACAAUGACAGAAUUCAGGGCAUCGUUAGUCAGCUGGAAGAGAGCUGCAGAACUGUGGAGGAAAAUGGUCGUAGGCAGAAGUCUCGUGUAUGUGAAUGGUUCGAUCGUCUGUAUGCUCUGCUGGAAGAGCGCAGAGGAGAACUCGCGCUGAAGAUCACUUCAGAACAACAGGAGAAACUUGAUUAUAUCAAUGGCCUACAGCGCAAGUACAGAGAGCAUCUGGAUAAAUCUGCCAAACUGGUGGAGACGGGAAUUCAGACAUUGGAGGAAUCUGAGAUGGGCAUAUUCUUGCAGAAUGCAAAGCCACUCCUACAACAGAUAGCAGAAGGCAAAAAUGUGUCUCAUUUGGAAAAGGUGGAGCGUGGCUACGAGAGCAUGGAUCAUUUUUCUGCAAACUUCAAUCAGGAAAGAAGAGCAAUACUUAGCAUAGAAUUCACCAGGGAUGGAGAUGACAAUGAAGAAGAUGAUGAUAAUGAUGAAGAAGCUGGUACCAUCAGUCCUGAGAUUCAAGCAUCUUCAGGGCCUGCACCAACCCCUUCACAGCAGAGACAAAUCCCUUUACCAAACUCCCCACCACUUGUAUCAGAGCCCUCUCAAAUUGUGUCAAAAUCCAACCAUUCAAUGAAUAUCACAUCAGGAGAAAACACACCCUCGGCCACGCCCACUCCAGAGCACAGUAAUAACCCUUCUACAGAUGCAUCUGCUCAAGUAACUGACAGUCCCAGCCAUACAUCAGAGGAUGGAGCCCGGCAUGUGUUUGCCUUUUCCUGGCUAAAUUUGCCAAAAUAGCCACCACACAAGUUGGUGAAUCUGCAACAUCACUGUGAUGACAGGCCCGGGGCAGAAGCCUGCAUGUGCACAUCGACGCUUGCUUAAGACGUUCCAGAAAUGCUUGUUGUGCUUUGAAUGAGUUUAGGACAAGCAAAAAUAUGCUUUUAUUUACUAUACAGUGAUUGAAAAUGUGAAACACAACCAUGUAAUAUUAAUUGUUUUUCUGUAGCACACUGAGAAUCACUAAUAAAGGAUGGUUAUCAGGAAGUGUAAA